GGAAAUAGAACAUCAACAAGGCAAGCGAAGACGUAGCUAGUCGUGCUCGGUGGCGUUUAGCUAGCUGUUUAGAGGAAAGAAUCGGAUUUUGACAAUUUAAUUCAACAUGUCUGUGUUUGGCAAGUUGUUUGGUGGGGGGAAUAAAGGAGGAAAAGGGCCGAGUCCACAAGAGGCCAUCCAGCGACUUCGCGAAACAGAGGAGAUGUUAGCUAAAAAACAGGAUUUCCUAGAGAAAAAGAUUGAACAGGAACUUGCGACUGCUAAGAAGCACGGCACGAAAAACAAACGAGCUGCCAUUCAGGCACUGAAGAGGAAGAAACGCUACGAGAAACAGCUGGAGCAGAUCGAUGGAACCUUGUCCACUAUCGAGUUCCAGAGGGAGGCUUUGGAGAAUGCCAACACAAACACCGAGGUGCUCAAGAAUAUGGGCUUCGCAGCGAAGGCCAUGAAGGCCGCCCACGAAAACAUGGACAUCGAUAAGGUGGACGACUUGAUGCAAGACAUCACAGAACAACAGGAGAUUGCACAGGAGAUAUCAGACGCCAUCUCUAGACCUGUUGGCUUCGGCGAGGACUUUGAUGAGGAUGAGCUGAAUGCUGAACUUGAGGAAUUGGAGCAGGAGGAACUAGACAAAAACCUUUUGGAUAUUGGUGGGACAGAAGACGUCCCAUUACCAAGUGUGCCUUCCACCUCUCUCCCAUCCAAACCAGCCAAGAAAAAAGAAGAGGAGGAUGACGACGACAUGGCAGAUCUGAAGGCCUGGGCCAUGGAGGCCAUGUAACUACCUGUCAAGUCGCCAGCAAGAGGAAGAGAACAUGAGAUGGUCUGCUUUCUUCAUACCGGGGAUGUAAAGGAACUGGACAUGCUCCCAAUGGUCACACUACGCUACAUCAAUAGCUCUACAUCCUAUCCUACUGCCCAGCGCUCCCUCUAAAGGCCACAGUCUUUGCACUGUCGCACUGAUGGGCAAUCGGGGGUUUAAAUAAUUAUUUUGUUUUUGUUGGGUUUUUUCUUUUUUUUUGUGGGAGGGAAAUGAGUUAUGUGACGAUUCUGUUUGUAUGUGUUCUCCUUUAGAAUAGGUACAGGGUGAAAUAGGAUGUUUUAAAAAAAGAAAUAUAUCUAUAUAUAAUAUUCAUUUCCCCCAAUUGACGGAGCCUUCAUUUGAUACUUGUGGAAGAUUCUUUCCUCCCCCCUUUUUCAUCCUCUCAGAGGAUCGGUUCUUAGCCUAUAUACACUGUACAAACUCAUCGAGCUGUGUAAGAGUGGACAAUGGUGUGUUCAAGCAGGUUGACUUUGCGGAUAUUUGUGUGUGUGUGUGUGCGUGUGCGCGCGUGUGCGCAUGGUG